UGCCACUACCUACUGCCUCGUCAUAGUCGUUCGCGCAAUACUUCCUCCUAGACAGCGCAUCGACGCGCAACAUCGACAAAAUGACGCUUCAAUCGGUGCAAAAGUUCAUUCAGCGGGCGGCGAGCAAUCGAAAACGAUCUGUAAGGGCACGGCUGAAGAAAAAAGCACGCUUUGAGAAGCAGCUGUACAAAGCAGCUUUAGACAGCAACAACAUGGUGACGGUCAUGAGAAAUGACUAUUUCAAACUGGACGUGAAGCCUAGGUGGAUGAAGGACUGGAAUGCCGGGCCACUGGCUCCUCGACACGAUCUCGGUAUGGCACCGGGCGAAUUCGGAACUCUUGAUGGCUAUGAUUUCAUCAAUUAUACUGUGCCACCACAAAACUCAUCCAAAUGGAUUUACCCGUUCCGUGAGGGUGAUACCGUAGCCGUUGCAAAUGGAAGAUACAAGGGUCGAAUCGGUAAAAUCGAACACGUCGAGCUUCGCACAGCAGAUGCAAGAUUGUCGGGGAUCAACAAGUCUGAUCUUCGGAAAAGUGAAGAAGAACGAUUUGCUACGGGAUCCAAAGACCCCUACGGUACCCAGGAAAUACCAUUGCGUAUGGAUGAUCUUCGACUAGUCGCCUUUGUAUCGAAAACGGGACAGAAUGGAAUCAAGGCUGAACAACCUGUCAUCGUUGACGCCGUCACGCUUCUACAUGCGGACGACCUCCCCCGGUUCAGGCCAGAACUGAAGGGUUCAAAGGAAUACAGGGAGCCUGUUCCCCCAAAACUAUUCAAGCAUAAACGUCACGCAGAUGACGAGACCGUUGUUCGAUUCAUCGCAGGGACUAACAUCGAGGUGCCGUGGCCCCAUAACGAGCCGGACCUAGUUGACGAACACGACUGCGAUACGAAACGCAUCGAAGUGGAAGAUGCUACGUACAUGCCUCAGCUACACCAAGCCCCACUGCCUGAUGGUCUAAUAGACGAGCUACGUAAUAAGUAUAGCAAUUAUCGAGUAAGGCACGAUCCCGAGUACUUGGCAAAACGAGCAUACGAAUUCCAAAAAGCAGAGGACCUCAAGAAUCCAGACCUGAAUCACAUCCGCACCCCCUUACAAGAAAUGCGGUGGCAGCAAAACAAGAAAGCCGCCGAGAGGACGAGUGAAGAGGAGGCAGCGCACGAAAGAUUAAUGCGUGGUGAGAUUUCUCUUGUCCAGUAUCUUGCGAUUAAGCACAAGGUUCCGGAAGAGCGCCUUGCUGGUAUACUUCCUGCUACAGCGGGAGAGCAACGACCCUCUGUAUAGUGCGUGUACCAAUGAUCUUGUUGUCUGUAGUAUAGAAACUGUAAAUAUUUUCUGUG